AUGUUAUGUAAAAUUGAAACAUAUGUAUCAUUCGUAGCAGCGUUCGUUCAUAUAUGGACCGUAUUAGCUUUCACUGCUGAACGUUUCUUUGCUGUUACUAGUCCAUUGAAACACAUGUCUCGUUGUACAACAUCCACCUCUCAUCAAGUGAUUCCAAUUAUAUUAAUACCAGCAUUUCUGUUCUAUAUUUACCCAGCAUUUUUUGCAGCUGAAGUUGAUGAUAAGGGACAAUGUCGUGAGAAACCUGAACAUGUUCGUCAUCUCAAUAACAUGAAUAUUGUCGACACAUUUAUGACAAUGUUUUUACCAUUUAUACUUGUCUCAGUAUUAAAUAUAUUAAUAAUACGAAAAUUAUUUUGUUCCGAAACAUUUCGAAUGUAUGUGUUUGAAAACGGUAGUCGAUAUCAUACACGUCGAACAUCCAAUUGGACGACAAACAGAUCAAUAAAAAUGGAACAAUCAAGUGUUGCGCGUUCAUCCGUGCCAUCAUCACCACAAAAAAGUGCAAAUCCACAAACUCAAGCUAUACCAUCAACAAAAUCUUAUGUACAACAACAGCAACAACAUACAGCUGUCUAUCGAACAUUUACAAAUAGAUCAUCAUCACGUUCCAGUUUAAAUACUGUAGCUGAAAAACAACAAGCUAUUCAAACAUCUCAUCCUCAACCGCCUCAUAGAACAUUCCAAUCUCUAAGAAGUGUAUCGGGAAAACGACGACCAGAAUCCGUUCGAAAUAUUCUAACAGAAGUAAGAUUAACAAAAAUGUUAUUGGCUAUCUCUUUCACGUGUUUAUCAUUGAAUUUUCCAUCUUACUAUUUACGUUUAAUGAUGUUCUACCAAAAUACAAAAGAUAACAAUAAUAAUAAUCAGACAACUAUGGAUGAAAAUAAAAUAAAAAUGAUCACCUAUCGAGAUAUGAUAUUAAUGUAUCUGAGUUAUCUAAGUUAUUCAAUUAAUAUUUUAAUUUAUUUAUCUUUUGGAGGAAAUUUUCCACGCGCAUUAAAGCGUUUAUGCUGUACAGCUGUUAAACACAAAAGUAAGAAUGAACGCGAAAAUAAUGCUGCUUUAUUUUCAACAACUGCGCGAGCUAUUACAGCAUACACAGGUGAUAUUAGUCCAAGAGCUAGAUUACUAACAAAAUUUAGAAAAGAAAAAUAA